UUGUUGUUGCUGUUGUUGAGCGUGGCCGAAGACUUCAUCAAAACAUUGAUCUGCCAGAUGCCCUGGUAGUUCCCUGAGCGGAACAACUUGCAGCUUUACGGUGAUAUUUUAAAAUUAAACAACGGCGACUCGCUUAGGUUUUCUGUCGUUCCGACGUUUCCUUUAUCCCGUCGGAACCAUGGCUGCUAAACCAGUUAAAGGUUGUGAAAGUUCAAGCGAUGAUGAAGCUGUCAGUGUACCUGUCAGCAGUAACGCUGCAGGAUCUUCAACUGCAGACAAGGACAAGACAGCCAUUGAAAUGAUAACACGUUACAUGGCAGAGAAGCUGGGGUUUAUUGACACAGAAGAAAAAUCUCAUGAAAAGGUUCUUGAUGAGCUUACACUGGAUGGAGUUGUUAAGCAUAUUAAAGAUGGUAAAAUUAAAAACAUUAUAACAAUGGCAGGAGCAGGAAUCUCAACUUCUGCUGGGAUUCCAGAUUUCCGCUCCCCUGAGUCUGGUCUCUACCAUAAUUUGGAAAAAUACAAUCUUCCUCACCCCCAAGCAGUUUUUGAAAUUGAUUUCUUUGAUGAAAAUCCUAAACCAUUUUUUCUUCUUGCAAAAGAACUUUAUCCAGGAUCUUUUAAACCAACUCCUUGUCACUAUUUUAUUCGCUUGUUACAUGAGAAAGGCAUGUUACUUCGACAUUAUACCCAGAACAUUGAUACACUGGAACGUGUUGCUGGUAUUCCAGGAGAAUCUUUGAUUGAAGCUCAUGGGACUUUUUACACAGCCCAUUGUCGAGAAUGCAAGGCAGAAUACAAGCUUGAAUGGGUGAAAGAACAUAUUUUUUCUGACAAGAUACCAAUAUGUGAGAAAUGUCCUGGUGUUGUGAAGCCUGACAUUGUGUUUUUUGGGGAAAACUUACCAGACCGAUUUUAUUCUUCUGUUGGAGAAGACUUUUCCCAAGCUGACUUACUCAUUGUUAUGGGAUCAUCAUUGGUUGUUCAACCGUUUGCUUCUUUAGUAGACAAAGUGCGGGACAACUGCCCUCGGCUUCUCAUCAACCGGGAGAAGGCAGGGGAAGGUGACAAGUUGAUGGCUCUGCUUGGAAUGGGAGGUGGAAUGGACUUCAGUGAGAAAAGCACAAGAGAUGUGGCGUGGAUUGGAGAUUGUGAUGAUGGAUGCCAACUGAUGGCCGACAAACUGGGAUGGGGUGAUGAGUUAAAGGAAUUAAUAAAAAAAGAGCAUUCAAGGAUUGACAGUGAGAAGAAACCUACCUUACACAAAAAAAAUGAAGAAAAUUAAUCCUGAUUAAAAUAAUUGAGCUGAGUGAAUAGGCUUUAUCAAAUUUAAUGUUCAUGGAAUUGUUUGUUCAAUUAAUUCUGCGAGCCUUGGUUUCUGUGAAACAAUUUUCCUAACCGAUCUUAAUCAAUAGAAUAGAGAAAUAGUGACAGCAGUGACAGUUUGAGAAGUUGUACUAUUGAAUUGUAUCUGUGAUUACACUGGUGAUUUAGUUCUACUAUUUAUUCAUUCAAUUAAAACACUGGAUUGAUUAAAACUCUUUAAUUAAAUGGCAA